CAGUAAUUUUCAAGGCGACCCCUUCUCGCCUUUCAAGCUCAUCCAAACACGACUGUGAAAGACUGCAAUUCGAGUCGUUGCUUUUACUUUUCACUAUGGCUGAUACCAAUCCCGUCACUCGUAUCGUUCCUGGUGCUCCCCCUUCCGUGGCACAGACGAAGUCCCGAAGGAAGAAGCGCAAGGCCAACAAAACCAAGACGCCUGACUCUCCCACAGAAGGCUCUGUCGUCCUCCCAGAUGCCACUUCUACUUCUCCUCUCGACAAGGCCCCAGAAAAUAGUGAAACAAGGGAGAAUCUUGAUAUCAUCGAGUUUGGGUCUGCCUCGGAGGCUGCCACAAAUGAUGAUGCCCUUUUGAGGCCUGGCCCCGUCGUGGAAUUCUUGCAAAAGCGCAUGAAAGCACUCAACAAGAAAAUAUCGCGAAUAGCAGGUUACGCUUCAACCGACUAUGACAAGCUCAAUGAUGACCAAAAGCGAAGCAUCAAGACGCUUUCUUCACUGGAAGCGGUUCAAAGAGAGCUCGAGGACAUCAAGAAAGCGAUGGAGGUUCACGAGGCCGAAGCGUCCCGUGGGCUGGCUGUUAAGCGUGCGGAAUUUGAGCGACUUCAGGAGCAGAAAAUAGCGCAAGCCGUAUCGACAACGCAGGCACUGUAUACGUCCAGAAUAUCGUCAAUAUUGACUCUACUUAGAUUACGCUCCUUCCUUUCUUCCGGCGAGCCUCUCCCGUCCCUGCCAGAUUUUGGUGAUGCCGAAGCAUCAGCUAUAUUCGAGGCAUGUGACACCCUUGUAGGUGAAGAAUCUGAUGUCAAGCAAGCCGCAAUUUCUGGUCUGCUGACUGGUGAAGGAGAGAUCAACAAUGUCACGUAUGCUCGACUAUUCGAUGUCGUGCAGUUGUUCCUUGCCGCGCAGCAGGAACCAGCCCUUAUUCUUGAUCCUGUACCUGAAGUUGUUUCAACCGAUGUUCCUGAAGUUGUUGCAACCGAUGUUCCUGACGGGCCAGUGUCUGGUAUCCCGGGUACUUUGAGUGUGUCUAGCAGCUUCCGCUUCGUCCAGGCGAGCGAACUGGAGACCUCCGAUAUGAAUGCGGAAUGGGUGAAUAAGAUGGAUACUCCUGAAGUGAACGGCGUAUACGAUCUAGGACAUGAUGGAACUUCUAGUCCUCCUGAGGCCGAGCUUAUCUCUACGCAACCUAUUGACUGGGCUGAAGCUGAAGAAGAAGGCCUACCUUCUAUCGCCAAUCUUCAGGCCAGCCUUGUGUCAUCGGACACUGUUAUACCCGAAGUAAACCUCCCAACUCCAGCAGUUGUGAGUGGGAUUGACGCUCCUAAGACUGUCUCACAAAAUGAGGAUGAUGGAUUCACUCCCGCCAACCGCGGCGGUCGAGGCCGUGGCCGUAGUCAUCGUGGUGACCGUGGUGGCAUGCGUGGUGGUUCCCGUGGUGACAGGGGUGGCUUUUACCGAGGGGGUCGGGGUGGUUCCCGUGGCAGCGAUAGGGGUGACUCCUUGUUUGUAAGCACUCUGGAUCCAUACUGACUAAUUUAUCAGCGUACCGCGGGCGAUCGGACGGUGACGGUCGUGGGGAUGAAAGUCGUGGUCGUGGGAGAGGCCGCGGCCGUCGCGGCGAGCGAGUAGGUUUGUAAUUUGGCUAAUCGCUGCAAAGGCAAUACAGCCGCUGAUUACACAACGUAGCACACGUCCAACCAGAUGGACAAGGUGCCUCUUUGUCCUGAGUCAUACUUGCUGUGGUUACAUCAAGGGCCUACCACAUCUUCACUUUUAGGUCUGUUAGAUUGCAUGUACACCCUGAUGGAAUAAUUCUACUUCUGAAAGUCUUCUAACCAUGAGCCUCAGGAUCUAUUCAUAGUAGUGAUUCUCACUGUAAGUUUCCAACCAGUAAACUUUUGACAUAAGUUGGUAAUUGUAAUAUAUGUACAUUUACUCAAGGG